AUGGCCGAAAAAUGGCAAUGUGACAUAUGCACUUUGUUAAAUCCAAAUCUAGUCAGAACCUGUGAAGUUUGUGGUGCCCCCAAAAAGCUUUCUAAUAAAAAUUAUAAUUCACAACCUGUCAACAAUUUCAAUUUAUCAAGCAACAUCGGUAAUGAUGCUUGUCUUGUUCAUAAUAAUGUGAUAAAUGCCAAACCCAGUAGUACAGCAAAUUCAAGCUCAGGAAUAGGAAAGAUUACUCCAGAGAGAAACAGUGACAAUGAAAUCAGGAAUUGGACUUGUGUUGUUUGUUCGUUUGCCGAAAACAAAUCAUCAUACAUGGCAUGUAAAAUAUGUGACAGUCAUCGGUUUCCAGCUUCAGCCAACAACAACAGCAACAGAUGCUGCUGCAUUUGUGGCAAGCAGUGCACAUCCAUUAAUGAUGAUGAAACAAACCUCUGCAUUGCCUGUAUCAACUUACAAAUUUCACAAGCAGCAUCCAUGCAAAAUGUACUACAAUCUUCUGAGCCUUGUAAUGAAAAAUUUGAAAUUCAUAAAGGUGCUGCAUUUUCUAAAGAAGUUGAACGAAUUAUUCAAUAUUGUAAAAUGAACAAGGUAACAUUUAUAGAUGAUUCAUUCCCUCCAACCGACAAAUCAAUAUUUCAAAAAAAUCAGACCAACCUAAGAAACACUUUGAAAGCAUAUAAACAAAUUCAAUGGCUCAGACCAGCUAUUUACAAGGGAGUGUAUAAAAUAAUGGACUCUCCAAAGUCUACUGAUAUUGAACAAGGAUUGCUAGGAAACUGUUGGUUCUUAAGUGCACUGGCUGUCAUUGCUGAGAAGCCGUCUCUAUUGGAAAAUAUCUUCGUUACACAAAACAGGUCUCAAGAAGGUAUUUACCAGCUGAGAUUGUGUAUACAAGGAGAAUGGACAGACGUGUACGUAGAUGAUUUGCUUCCAUGCGAUGAAAAUGGAAGACUGCUUUUUUCUAGGGUGAAACGAAAUCAGUUGUGGGUCCCUUUAAUUGAAAAAGCUCUGGCAAAAAUAUAUGGCUCCUACGAAUCACUAAAAGCAGGCAGAUGUGUUGAAGGAAUGUCUCUGCUUACUGGAGCACCUUGUGAAAGUCUCAUGCUAAAAAGCGGUUUAAUUGAUGUUUGUUGUUCUUAUGUGAGGUUCCUGAUGGGAGCAUCUUGCGGAAGUGGCGACUCAAUUUAUAGUGAAUCCUGUGGCAAUGUUGGACUCGUCAACCUGCACGCAUACUCAGUACUGGAUAUUAAGGAAUUCGAUAAAUUGAGAUUGAUAAAGUUUCACAAUCCCUGGGGAACGUCUUCGUGGAAUCAGGGAUGUGCUGAUUAUUCACAGGAAGACUUGAAAAAUUUAGGAUUGUUCAACAAAAAUGAAAGUCACCAUAAUGGUGUUUUCUGGAUGGCUUAUGAUGACGUUUUAAAAUAUUUUCAGUCAGUUGAUAUCUGCAAGCACAGUUAUGAAUGGAUAGAUUACAGGAUCACAAAUGAAAUGUCGAAAGAUUUAACAUCUCCAGUGUCCACCAUUGAUCUCGCUAUUUCUUACAAACAAGAAGUUGAGUUUGGAUUGUUUCACAAAGAAAACAGACGGCACAAAUCAAAAACAGCAAAUAAAGCAGAUCUCUUUUUUGGUGUUUAUGAAACUAUCAAUAAAAACUCUCUAGUCGGCUCGCUAGUUGAAUCCAGCUCAAGAAAUUUAGGCAAUUUUGUAGGGUUCAGCUGCUUCUUGAAACCUGGACAUUAUAGAAUUGUUUGCUCAUCUUUAGGACAACUUAACACUUUUUCAGAACACCCGUUGAAAUACUGCUUGACGAUGCAUUCCACCAAGCCAAUAGAAUACAAUAUCAGCCAACAUUCUUCUCAUAUUUUGGCCUGCAGCAUUUUGGAAUUGUGCAAGAAGAAAGGAGAAUAUCGGCAGUUACAUUCAGAUUUGCAUGCUUAUCUUUUGAGAGCCAAAUGGAAUGGCUUCAUCGCUUGCGUUUACAACUCGUCAGCCUGUUUUUCUGUUCAUCUGAAGACAGAUCUAUCCGGGAGUUUCAACGUUAGAUCAACGAGGCAAAGUUUAACAUGUUACGACAUGAUACCUCCAAAAUAUGGAAUGGUGGUUUCAGUAUUAACUCAAAUUGAGAAGGAGAGUGCCAUCCUCGUUAAAUGGGCCACCUCCUGUGGGGAGUGCCUUCCCGGCUCAACACUUUCAAGGUUCUACGAGAUAAGUCCUGUUGCCGAUGAUUUACAUUACCCUUCAAUUGAAAAGAAUUUACUCGCACUGCACGAACCUAGAUACAUGUCUAACUUUUUUAUACAAGGUUAAACUUUUUCAAACUGUUAAUUUUUUGUUUGUUUAAUUAAUCAGACCGUGAUUUCUCAUAAUGUUGAAUAUGUAUUCUUUUUUAAACGUCAUUUUAACUCUUUUUUUUAAUUUUUUUUGACACGUUCGUAUUAUUUCGAAUUCAGUCUAAAAA